CGUAAUUUGCUUUCAUGAACACAGAUGGAAAUCAUCUACUUACUGACGUGAUCAUUAAUACUUAAUAUUGCACUUUUAAUUUAAUAGUUGUUAUGACGGUACUUUUGUUCCUUUCUGUUUGUAUGGAAUUUAAGAGUUAAACGCUUAUGAGGAAGUUUGGUUAAAAUGACGCAAGCGGAAUUGCAUCGCCUACAAAGGAGGAGCGAUUGAGAAAUUACAUUUUUGUGUCUGUUUAUUUUCGUUUUGUCCAGUCAUUUAAUUUCACUCCGCAAAAAUCUAAUUCCCUUGACCUGAACUUGAUCUAAUCACCAUAUGAAAAAAAGUUUUUCAAGCUUAUCAGUGGGGAGUUGGCAAAGUCAUGAUAAGAUUUCUCGUUCUUAAUCCGGCUUCAUUCAGCUUUAUAAUCCGAUGCCUGUGUGUAGACACCUCAGUCCUAUUCCCACGGUAUAUUUACUAAAAUAGUACAACUUUCGAGCGAAAGGAAAGACGUGACUUCCUGAAAUCUACCAAAUAUGAAAUCAAUGACGUCACACAAGACCGACCGAGCUCUUUCGCUCAGACGUCAUGCGAAUAGUCACAAUUGCACAUUAUUAAGGCUGUUUUCCGGAAAGAUUUAAUUCGUUUAUCAAUUCUUGCCAUACUAUCAAUGCCAUAUUAUCAAUACGCAGCCACUGGUUCACAAGUCACAGAAGGUUUUGACGUCUUUGUAGCUUUUAGCUGAAGUUAACGACCGUCAAAAAAAACCCGUUAGACGACACAGAAAGGAGGUGAGCUCAGCGGAUAAGUUUUUACGGUAUUUAAGAAGAAAAAUAGAAGCCAGAUGUACAUGUUGGGCACUGUAUAAAUGGGAGCGAGUGCUUGGUGAUCUCAAACUUGAAGGCGUAUCAUAUGAAAAAAAUAAAAAUUUAAGGCGUAUCAUAUGAAAAAAAGUACAAAAACAAUCAAUGGAAAAUUGGAUAGCCGAUGAUGAAGUGUUAAACAUGGCAAAUGCUUCAAGUGGUAACUAUUCGCACAAUUUUACGCCAGCUUCACUUGAACCACAAGACGUUUGGUAUUGGAUCGUCAAAGCAAUCAUCGCCAUUUUAUCCAUCGUAGGAAAUGGACUUGUCAUCUACUUCAUCAUUUUCAAACGACGCCUGCGUGCCACCAAUAACUGGUUCGUGUUAUCCUUGGCAGUAGCAGACUUAAGCAUCGGUUUGUUCACAACACUGAGUGGUUUCCUGUGCACGUUUCAUUUUCGGUGCGACUGGAGGAUGCAGAUUACAUUUUACAACUUUCUGCUUUUCGCCUCCACGUUGAACCUGUGGGCGAUGGCAAUUGAUCGAUACAUUGGGAUUGUACACUCUUUACGGUAUACAUCACUCAUGACAACCACACGAGUCGUAACAAUGACAUAAAAAGCCUGUGAUUUCUCUCAGUAAAGAUUCGACGAUAAUUACAUGACAAUCGAUAAACCUGGCU